UGAUUUUCUUUGCUUUGUCUAAAUAUGAACUGUAACAAAAGUAAAUACAGCACAUCAGCUGUGUUUUGAAGGUUAAAGUGUCAAGAACAAGCGGUUUGGGAACUCCAGCAGAUUAGUUUUUCUCUCUCUUUUUUUUUUUGUCUUUGUUGCAGGAUCAGAUGCUUCUUCCUGCUCAUUGAGUAAAAUAACUGCACAUUCAUCAUCUCCUGGGACCCUCUCAUCGACCCCUGACUGCCCUGGAAAAGACUCCCAUCAGAAACCCCCUCCUCGCCAUGUCCUGCCAUUCAGACCCUUACAUCUUCUCCACUGACCAUCUGCCCAGUGACCGGCGCUUCCUCCCUCCCCUGGCCAACGGGCUCCUGGGCUGGAGGGUGUACAACAACAUCAUGCACAUGGGCGGCGUGUACAACGGGGAGGGCGGACGCUGCCACCGGGCAGAUGUCCCCUGCCCUCUGGCCGUUAAAGCUGAGACAGAGGAACCUGCCCAGCACUCAUACAGUUUGGACACAAACACAGGCAUUUUCACUCACACUCUGACCUCAGCCAGAGUUACUGCCUCACAGUCUUUGUAUUCCCAUCGGUACUACCCCAACCUGAUGGUGAUGGAGGUUUCAUUGGUGCGGCAGGUGACGACAGAGGAGCCAGUUACUGUUAAGCUAGUCAGCUCGUUCACACCUCAGAGCAAAGACAUUGUUUUUGAGUCUGGCCCUGAUUAUAAAGGAGGAAGGCACAUCCAUGGACAGACGUCCGCUGCUGAGUUCUCUGGAGGCUCCUGUGCCACAGUUCACCUUAUUUGGACCUCCAUACCUGAGACCCUGACGCUGCUUCCAGAGCAGAGCCAGGCUCGCUGGGCUUUCAUCCUGGUGGUGGCCAAUGAUUUAAACUCUGCUCAGGCCAACUUCGACGAGGGUCUAAAUCUGAUUGCGACUGGCGACCUGCGUCCGUCUCACGAGGAGGCCUGGAAGGAGCUGUGGCUCCAGAGCAAGGUGGAGGUGUCAGGGUCAGAGAGCCUCUGCAAGGCUCUGAUCGGCUGCAUGUUCUACCUCCUCAGCGCCUUCCCCUCCAUACAUGACACCUCCAGCUCUUUUGGGGGAGUCAGUCCAGGCGGGCUGUCUAAUGGUGGGGAUGGUCAGGACUACUGGGGCCAUGUUUUCUGGGACCAGGACAUGUGGAUGUAUCCUGGGAUCGCCCUCUUCUACCCCAAGUUAGCCCGAUCUGUGCUGGAGUACAGGGUGAGGACUAUAGAUGGCGCUAAAGUCAAUGCCCAAAAGCAAGGGUACAAGGGAAUAAAGUUCCCAUGGGAGAGUGCUGUGUCAGGGCGGGAGGUGUGUCCAGAGGACAUCUAUGGAAACCAAGAGAUUCACAUCAAUGGAGACGUCACCCUGGCCUUCCAACACUAUCUCUACCUCAGUGAGGAUCUGUCCAUGUUCAGAGAGGCCCAGGGCAGUGAGGUGAUAUAUGGUGUGGCUGAUUACUGGGUUUCUAGAGUAACAUGGAGCCCUGAGGACCAGAAAUACCAUCUCCUGGGUGUAAUGCCGCCUGAUGAGUAUUACUACGAUGUCAACAACUCUGUGUUCACAAACACAGUGGCAAAAUUCAGUCUGCAGUUUGCUCUAGAGUUGGCCGAUCUCCUCCAACACCCUGCACCGAAGGAAUGGAAAGAAGUGGCCGAGCACAUCAAGAUACCGUUUGACACAGAAUCCCAGUAUCACCCUGAGUUCGAUGGCUACGUUAAAGGUCAACCAGUGAAGCAGGCAGACACGGUGAUGCUGGGUUAUCCUCUUGGUUUGCCAAUGUCUGCCGAGAUCAGAAGGAAUGAUCUAGAGGCGUACGAGCCAGUGACAGACCCUGAAGGUCCAGCGAUGACAUGGGGGAUGUUUGCAAUCGGCUGGCUGGAGCUGGGGGAGGCUGAGAGAGCCCAACGUUUACUUGAAAAGUGCUUCAGCAACAUUCAGGGCCCGUUCCAGGUGUGGAGUGAAUCAACAGAUGGCUCUGGUGCAGUCAACUUUCUCACGGGUAUGGGAGGAUUCCUGCAAGCUGUGCUGUUUGGUUACACUGGCUUCAGAGUUCAGAAGGAAUGUUUGGCCUUUUCCCCAAUUCUUCCCAAUGACAUUUCUGAGCUCUGUCUUCGGGGUGUGAACUACCUUGGGAAUCAGAUGGACUGGCUGCUGAGGAAAGAUGAAGUUUGUAUCAUACUGAGGAAACAGACAAGGAGCGAUGGCAGCGCUAAGCCCCACGAUCUACAGGUGGUCCUGAAGGCAUCAGGAAAAAAAAUCCCUCUCACACCAGGUCAGCCAGUAACUCUUCCUCGAGAACCUGGCUGCGUUUGUAAACUUCCUGCGGUGUUUUCCUGCUGGCCUUUGUAAAACAGGAAUCUCUGCUCCUCCUCAUCAUUUCAAUUGUGCAUCAUACAAAAUAUGUUGAGCAAGCUAUUUUAUAUCUACGCUGCUGUUGUGCUGUAUGCUGACCUUAACCUGACCAAAAUGUACAAAAUUGAAUAAAGGUUGAUGUGAA